CACGUGAAGGCAGCAGCUCCACACAGGCCCGCAGCCGCGGUCGGUCGACCUCGGAGCUUUUCGGUUGUCGUCAAGCGGUUCGCGCGCCAGCGGUCACACACGUCGAGAUCGGGCAGGUGUCGGUGCAAAUGACCGACCCUCCGUGAGAACGAGUGUUUUAUUUUCUUUACGGGCUUUUAAAACCACCAUGACAGACGUGUGGAGUUCUCGGCUCUGCUGCAGUUCACCGCCCACAAAUAACAACGGCAGCAAUAACAACAACAAAUCUUCCUGAUAUGUGCCGUCCCUCGGCCCGGGCGGUCUGUCGGUUCCGCAGGAGGACGUCGACGUUUUUAUUUGUUUAUACAACACUUGCUACCAUUUUUUAAUCUCACACUCUUAUCGGAAACCACCGUUGCAGCGACGUCCCAAGGAGGGACAUCCCCCUGGUGUUUAUUACAGGAGAGGACGCGCCACAGACCAGGGAGUCGAGUCAGAGACCGACAAGAGCAAACAUGUUCGAGGCAAGAGGAAUCCCCUACAUCCUGCUAGACAUAGUCUGUCUCAUCCUAGCUGGACUCCCAUUUAUAAUACUCACCUCGCUGCACCGUCCUUUCCGACGGGGCUUUUUCUGUAAUGAUGAUUCAAUCAAGUACCCGCUUAAAGAAGACACCAUUUCUGCUCAGUUGUUAGGAGGUGUUAUGAUUCCGGUCACAAUAAUCGCUAUGAUCUUUGGCGAGUGCCUUUCAGUUUAUCUAAAGCGCAUCAAAUCCAAGUCCUCUUUCGGCAGCUACCUUUCCUGUGUAUACAAAGCUGUCGGUACCUUCCUUUUCGGUGCCGCGAUGAGCCAGUCUCUGACCGACAUAGCCAAGUACUCCAUCGGCCGGCUCAGGCCACACUUCCUGGAUGUGUGCAAACCUGACUGGAAACUUAUCAACUGCUCAUCACAGGCUUAUAUUGAAGACUUCCACUGCAAUGGAGAUCCAACCAUGGUCAAUGAGGCAAGGCUGUCCUUCUACUCCGGCCACUCCUCUUUUUCCAUGUACUGCAUGUUGUUCUUGGCUCUCUACCUGCAGGCAAGAUUCCGGGUUGAUUGGGCGAGGCUGCUGAGACCCACAAUCCAGUUUUUCUUGAUUGCUGCAUCAGUGUUCACGGGAUUGUCCAGGGUGUCUGAUUAUAAACAUCACCCGGGUGAUGUGCUGACUGGACUCCUGCAGGGUGCCCUCAUGGCCAUCCUGGUGGUCUUCUUCGUGUCUGACUUUUUCAAGCCGUGCAAAGAAAACCAUGAAAAGGCCGACAUCCCACACUCAACUCUGCAGGAGACCCCAACAAAUGGAAACCACUUUGAGAGUCCCAACUAAGCUAAGCCAAGAGGUGGAGGGAUGACGUCUCUCUGCUCUGUCCAAACGCACACCCAGGAUCCCAGCUCUCUAGCCUUUCAUCUCACGCAAACACUCCUCCCCGAAUACCCUGCAUGGAUUUUAAGUUGACUCUUACUUUAAGUAAGCCAGCUUCUGGGAGCUGCACCUCAGGCCUGUUUUUAAGAUUUUAAGACUUUUUAAUUUUAGGCUGUCUUGUCCGCCAGUUCUCCAUCUGGGCCCGACUACCUGUCCAAGCCUUGUAGAUAUGCUGAAGUGACUGUGACAGAUGAAGGUUAGGGGCUAGAGAUUCUGUAAAGACGGAAACAAGUUAGCAUGAUUCUACUGAGCUGGUGGGAAGACUUGCCUGCACGCACCCACUAAAGGGUCUGACCACUGCUGGGAGAGAGAGGAGGGUUGGAAACCUGUGAAUGUAACCUUGCUUUGUGCUUUUCCUGACCUGGAGUCAGUCUGCUCAACCAUCUGAUUUAGGAUCAGUUUUUGGUCCAGCACCCAGAGAGACGGCCGAGUCUCGCAGCUUCCCUGCCUUAGGUCCGGUGUUAAUUAAAGGGCUAAUUAUAAGAAUGUUUCCUUCUCAAGGCUAGAACGUGCUGGAGACUGAAGCUGAUCCUAGACCAGAGGGCAAGCUGCUUCACAUGUGGAGCGGCUGCCUCCAGGCCACUGCUGUCGCACUCUCCAACUGUCUAACCUUAUAAAGUCAAGGACGGAAGGUAGCUCGACUUGUAUCAUGUUGAGUUAGAGAGUUGAAGAGUAGAUGGUUAGUCUAAGUCCCGUGUUGCCUUUGCUGGACUGCUACUGCUGCUAUUACAGCCCCCUGUGUAUCUAAGAACUAAUAUACUUCAAGUGAACACACAGUGUUCUUUUGUAUAAUCUGUACAAAUCAGCAUACAGACUUUUAUUGAAAAACAAAGUGUUACAAAUAUGUACAAAUGUCUAAAAUAAGGAAAAAUAAAGCCAUUUUACUCAUUAACAUGAA